UCAGCUUCCAUGACGAAGCCACUCAACAACGACAUACGGGGCAUUAAAACAUACCUACUCUUGCAUUCCUCAGUGCAGCAUCGACCAUCAGAACUCAAAGGGAGACCAGAUAGAACCAGCGGCAUGCGCUCAUUACCGGUUUCGCAUAAUCGUCGCUAUUCUUUGUUGUUGCCAGCCUGAGGAUAAGUAAGGCUUGAAAGUUGAAACCUAGCCAAAACAACACCCCUGGAACCUUCCUCCGUAUUUGCGCGCUGCGUUUGUACUCUAUUCUCCACCAUUGCGCUCUCUAUUUUACAAAUAACUGCCUAGCUUAUUUAUAUAUGGUCUCGCAAUAAUGGCGGGUUCGCUGGACAUAGCGAAGACCCUCCUAUUCCCCGCCCUAAUCUCUCUCGCCGUCUACCUCCUCCUCUCCUUCUUAAUAAUCCCCUUCAUCCGCCGCUAUCGACAAAGAUACGCCCAGUACCUGCCCCUCCACACAGUCUCCGCGCACGCUUCCACGCUGCGCGAACGUGCCUCCGACGCACUAAUGCACUUCCUGCUCCCAUCCUCCUGGCGACAGCGGCAUAUAUUUGGCGCACAGGAUGGAGAGGGCAGCGUCUUUGAUGACGAAGAGGGCGAGGAUAUGGUUGGGUUCGAGAUGGAUGCGUCGUCGAGGCGCGAGGCGCUGGAACAACAGCGGAGAAUUGGUAAUAACCAUCAUAGCGGCCGCGGCAGUGUGGAAACGGACCGGCGACUGAGUCGGGAUAUUGAGGAAGGGUUUAUGGACGAUAGUGAUGAGGAGGAGGAGGAGGAGGAGGGAGGGGAUGAAAGGCGGGCUUGAGUCGUUGGUGGUGGUAGCUGACAUUGCGGUUUAGCGGUUUAGAGAAAAAAAAAACCCCCUUUGUUUAUGUAUUCAUUUAUUUUCUUUAUCUAUUGACAACCCUUUUUGGCGCCUACUUCUGGACGGAAUAAUAUCUUCUUUUUCGCCAUACUCGUGCUCAUUUUUUAAAAUAAUGCUUUGACAUAUCACGAGCGGUUUACCUUUUUUUUUUUUUUGUGGGGGGGGGGGGUUUAUGUCGCUUACCCGGUUUAUUGGUGCUUGUUUUUUUAUUUUUUAUUAUUAGGACAGGCGCAAUUUAGGGCCUGUGCAUGGAUGAAUGUUGGAAUGUCCUACGAGCCCUGCUGAACGGAUCAAAAUACAUGCCAAUAUCUCCCAUGAUGGAAACCGAUGCCCGCUGCUUUAAAGAGCAGAGUCCGAUUAUUACCCGAGGAAGAAUGUCAUAAUAUCGUAUGCGAAAGAAGACUCCUGCGAAGAACUCAAAGACCAAGUCAAAAUCAAAAGAAAAAGACAAAGAAACAGAAAAAGAAAAGAUCUAUAUCCCUGUCAUGAAUUCUCCCUAGCCCACAGCGUUCUCCCAAGGUCCCUCCCUCCCUUACAACCUAUUCUAUCCAGCCAACAAUAGGUUAUAGGUGGUAUCCCUUCCUCAGAGCAACCAGGUCGAGUUGGAAAUAUAAAUAAUUCUUGAUCCCUUCUUUAUCAAUUGAUUAUUCGAGAAGAGGGAGUGGAUAUGCAAAUGGAAAAAGAACUUACUCCCGGCUGACACAAUGUGGGGGACAGAGACAGAUGUGGGCAAGAUAAGUUACGGAGGGAGGUUUCGUAACAAUUGCUUUCUAUAUAUGUUUAGAUAUUGAAAUAUUCGCAGAAUAGAGAUGCAAUAUUAAUAUGGGGAUAUUCAAAGCUAUGGAUCCCUUCCUCGAUAUCUACACCUGACUUAUCACCAGGAGAAUUAUCCAAGAGCAGCGACUUUUACCCAGAACGGGAAAGACUAGACUUUCCCCCGCACGAACCCCGCAUUAACUUAUGUCAUCACCACUUCCCCUCACCUCACCUCCUCACCUCCUCACCUCCUCAUACAAGAUCUCAGACAAUCAAUCAAUCAAUCCAUCCAUCCAUCCAUCCUGGGACGGGGGGAUUCCAGCCAUCCGCUGCACUGAGUGUUCUCCUCUCCAGCAACGGAGGGGACCGAGGGAUGAAAGCGGGGGGGCAAGGGGCCAGCCAUACAGCGUAGUAUUGCUGAUACAGAUAGUUUAGUCUAUACAAGGGGGUGCACAAAAGGGGCCAAAAGGGGCCAAAAGGGAAUGGAUAUGAAUGAUAUCUCGAACUGAUUUGAUGCAAUGUACUGCACGGGAUCGGCAUAUAUUUCCCAGUCAUGGAAUGGAAUGAACAACCCUUCAGUUCUUCUCCCCCCCCUUAACCUAUGUAUAUAAUCAAAUCAAUCAAUCAAUCAAUCAAUCAAUCUUCCCUGCGAAUCUGUUCUAUCCGCAACCAAACCUGGACAAAUCACCGCUGGAGACCCUGUUUCGGAGGAAUGGAUCGAAUAAUCCAAUCCACUCCAGGCCAGCAAAUAACUAACGUCUUCGCUUCCCGUCCUGCUGGCGCGGUUUGCCCGGUCCAGAGCCAAUCCUUGGAAUUCUUGCUCGUUGAGUGAGUGGGGCAGUAGUCGGGGGGUGGGAGAGAGUUCUUUUUCUAGCAUGGGAUAAUGAGUUGGAUGCGGCGGAUAUCAUAGGAGUCUGUCUGUGCAAUAGUUACGAGAGGUGCUUCAUGUGGGGUGGGCACUAGAAUAUAUAGGUGUAACACUCCUCCUCCUACUGUUCUUCUUCUUCUUCUUCUUCUUCUUCUUCUUCUUCUU